CUAAAAUCGGCUCAAAGGAAUGGUGAAGAAAACGUGAAAUGUUUGAAGUCAUGAAGUGGAUAUUAUUUUUUAAUCUGUCAACUGAGCUGCUGGGAGUUUUUUUGCAGGUUAUUUUCUAAUUGGUAUGAAGCAUGAAAACAAAACUUCCGCAAAGACAAGUCUCGACAAACAGGUUCAUCUCAGCACUGCCCAUGCAGGACAAAUUGCAUCAUUUAUUGUAAUGAAGCAGGAAGCUGAAUGAGGUUAACAUUUUGAGCUUGAGGAGAUUUUAGAAACAGAGUCGACUUUGUUUGCUUUGCAGCAGCAGAUGAACUUUGUCUUGUAGUUUUUAGUGUUUAAGAGAAGAUGAGACUCUUUCUUCUCUGCAGGCUCACAGUCUCUGCUGUUCUACUCUGGGCUACACCAGCAGGUGGAUAUGUGUAUCAGGCUAUGUAUGACUGUGAGUAUGGGGAAGACGACCUCUCAGAUAUGGUCUUUUUAGUGAAGAACGUGUUUAACAAGGAAAUAGUUACGCUCUAUGACUCUCGGGUUGGGAAGUAUGUUGGCUUUGGAGAAAUGGGCAUGAGGAACGCCGACCAUUACAACUCACAGCGUUGGAAAAUGGCGCUCCGAAAAAUUCAAGUGGAGAUUGUCUGCAGAUACAAUGCGAAAUAUUACCAAAGGAGCAUACGUGAUAGAAAAGUGCCUCCGGUUGUCAGAGUCCGACAGACCGAGCCAGCGGACUACGGGGAGCAAUCCGUGCUUGAGUGCAGCGUUCUGGGUUUUUUUCCUCAGGAAGUGAGGGUGAGAUGGCUGAGAGACGGGGUAGAGGUCACCAGUGAUGUGUUGUCCUCAGAUAUCAUAGCCAACGGGGACUGGAGCUUCCAGCUGCACUCUUUCCUGGAGUUAAUACCCAGGAGGGGGGAGAGAGUGACCUGCAGGGUGGACCACAGCAGCCUGCAAGAGAAUCUGGAUGUGGACUGGGACACUUAUCCGCUGGAUGCUAAACGCCUGAAGAAGACAUUGGGCAUCACCUCCUUCUUAUUCGGCUUCAGUGCAGCUUUAUUUGGAGGAGCUUACUACUGGUGGAAAAAGAGGUCCGACUUCAGCCCACUGCGCAGACAAGAUCCAACUUCUCCAGAGUUAUAAGAAAUGUCAGCAGUUUCUGGGUCUCUGCUAAAGUCCUGGAUCAUGUUAAAUGUCAAUGACAAAGCUUAUUGAACAAUACAUGCUUGGUUCUGUGGCUGAUCUGAAAUGGGGAUGACAUCGACUGUAUCGUGAGAAAACUACAUGCUGUUUAAAUUUUUGAGCAGGCGGCCAACACGGCAGAACUCCUCCAUUAUCACUUAAUUCAACCAAGGACUCAGCUGACAUUUUAUCUCUCCGCGUUGUGACAUUAAUCCUUCAAACUUUGUGUGAUGAUACAUUUGACAUCAGUUAUGGUUCAGACUGAAGCUU